AUGGCGUCUCCAAGUGGACCAGCACGAGUAACUUCAGCAAGGUCAGCGGAUCAACUGCCGUCGCCAUUGAGUGGACCAGCACGAACAGUUGUUAGUACCAAGCAACUCAUAACUUCACCGCCAAAUGAGUGGACCAGCGUGAAGUAUGGCGUCUCCAAGAUUCCUGAGGAAGAAGAAGUACACGAAUACUUUAAGAGGAUAGAAGCAAGAUACUGGCAGUUAAAACAUUAUUUAAGUUUUCGUUUGAAGGUCGAAGAAACAAUAUCACCAUGGAGCACUGUAUAUAGCGAUUGGCAGCAGUCUCUUCGCUUUAUUUUCAAGGAUUAUGGCAAAAAUGUUCCAGGCUCCGUAUCUGGCUUUUGCAAAGAUUUAUAUAACAUUUGUGAGACUUUUGAAGGUUCCAUCGUACGUCAAGGCUGUAAGAAGUUUUAUGACGAAUUUUAUCAACGACAUAUUGACCUACAAAUUGCCGAGAGACUUCGAAUUCUUGACUCAACCAUAUUUUCAGAGAAUAAGAUUUCGGAAGUCUUACGAAUAUCGAGCAAAAAACGAAUAGUGGAGGAUAAUGAAGAAUCUUCGUCGUCUAGCGAGAAACGAAUUCGACAUGAGGAAUAUUACGUGGAUAAUUUCGUACCUGAAUUGUUCCAAGAAGAACAUGACUAUGAGUGCUACGGAAAGGAGAACGAAUCUAACUCUUCUGCUGAAUGUUCUAGUCCUAAAACUAUUCCUGAAAAAAGAAAACAAGAAGACGAUGAGUCUAUUAUGGAAAUUUUCGGAAACGAGAUUGAAUGUUCAGACACAAUGAAGAAGAUAUAUUUUGAAUAUAAAAAACAUUGUCAUGAAAAUGCCAUAGUUGAUUUACGACCAAGGCGCAAUUUUUCAAACAACUUUCUUAUCAAGUCACUCAAGAUUAUAAUUAAGAAAUUGAGCAGAGAGCUGUCAGGCGCCGAAUGGCAGAAUAAGAUUGACGACCUGCGACCAAAAAAUGAUAGUAAACUGAUGGUGGCAACAACAAGAAUAAUACGACGCACAUUACCACAGUUUAUAAAAGCGUUUUCUCUUGGCGCAUUUAAUCCUCUUCUAGAUAUUAAAACAAUAGAGAAACCACACUUGAAUUCAUAUAACCAUGUGAAACGAGAAUGCGCCGAUGGUGCUGGGUAUAUGAUGGGCGCUGAUAAAUUCCAAUUGGUUUAUGUGGAAGGGGCAAAGCCCAAGGCAAAGGAAAACAAAGAAUUAGCAGUUGCGGAAAAAGUAGCGAGAAACUUAAAGACGAUGUUUACAUCAAUUGUAAGAGAAACCAUUAACAAUAGAAGGCGUAUUCCAAACGGAAUGGCUGUCUUCGGAGGACAAAGUUUUCAGCUUCGCAUUCACCUCUUUUAUCUCGAUUAUUGUGAAUUCUGUUUACAUGAAAUCGAAAAUGCAAAUCUCCCUCGAGAUUUUACUGAAAUGGCAGACUUUGUAUGGUACUACGAAUGUAUAUUAAAAUGGGCUUUGCUUGCUUAUGACAUGACAGUAAAAUUCAAGGAGAUAAGGAACCAAAAAAGGCCUUCAAGACAAUCAUAUGCAAAGAAUAUCCGUUUGCUUGAUGAUCACAAACUUAAAUAA